AGGGGAUAUUUUUUUCCAAAUGACGAGAUUGCCCAACGUGGAAAGAAAAUUAUAUAUUCAGAAGAAGAAGACAGGAGACGUACUUGUAAAGAUUAAUACGUACGUACGCUUAAAGAUGCACUAAUACAAACAUGGCAGAUGAUAGCUAGAAGAUGAAUUCAUGGAAAUGUACGGUAAUCGAUCUACAGACGCAGCUCGAGGUCCUUCUGCUCGUCGCCGGCGCCCAUGGAAGACACGGCGGUGGUGGCGUGGGACGCUCUUGUCCAGGAAAGCAUGUCCACCGUGUUGUUGUCACGGUCGUCGCUGCCGAGAGCGGCCAUGAGCUGCGCGUGCUCCGUGAAGCGUCGUGCGCCGACGCCGACGCCGCUCCACCACUUGAUUGGGCCGACGAUGCACGGCAAGGAGCAGAGGCAGACGCGUCUCGCAGUCUCGUUGGUCGCGCGGCCCACCCCGUCGUCGGCGGCGGCCCCGCUGGCCUCGCCGUCGCGCAGCUCGUCGCCAAGGCGAGCCUCCGUCUGCGCCAUCGACGCCCAUUGCCUCGAGCUGGGCCGCGCGCGGGGCCGGCGGCGGCCACGGCGACGACGUGGAGCGCGGCAGGAAGUAGCCACGCGCAGGGCCGGCGGCGGCGCUCAUGGCAGGGGCAAUCUCGUCAUUUGGAAAAAAAAUAUCCUCUAUUUUGACUCGAAAAUUAUAAAAUAUUGCUUCCGGUGUCCUACAGCCAAUUAAACAAUUAUUGGAGUGUCCAUCAGCUAUGUCACGUUUUUGCGGUGUCUCCCAGCCAAUUACACAUUUUUUGAGUAUUUUGUAGAAAAUUUUACCUUUUGGACAAGGAAACUUUUGUCACAGGCCUUGGUGGCGGGUCCACUAACGGGAGUCUGAUUAGUGUAAAUACCAUGCGCUCCUAAUCUCUUAAUCGCACUCGAAAUCCCCUGAUUGCGCUCAUCCCCUAAUCUCGCUUUCCAAUUACCACACUUUCUUUCUUCUCUGAAUGUAUCUCUACAUAUGCACGAAUGGGGGCCUCGGCGGCUUGCACCGCACUGAUCUCUUCCGCGUCGGCUGAUGGGGUGAACGAACGCAGAGACGUUGCUCCAGUGCUCGAUCUAGGCUGCGGACCUAAGUUAGGUAGAAACAAUGCUGAAAUUAGUACGAAGCAAAAUUAAACCGUCGCUCAGGAUCGUCAUGCUCUCUGCGACCAAACAAGGUUAGUGAUGGAAACGUUCUCUUGUGUCUAUUUCAUUCAGUUGUGUAUAACAUCUCUGAUAGACUCAAACGAUAAACAGUGUGUAUCUUUGCCAUGAACAGUGCGUAAACUGUUAAAAUAUUAGCAUCUGAUAAAUGGAUGCUACGUGAAUUGCUCUAUCUGUAUUUUAUAUCUUUGGACAACCGUGUUUCUGUUUUUUUUUAAGGUGGGACCAUGUUUCUGUUUUAUAUUAGCUGGGAAAAGGUUGUGACAUUGCUUUUGUGAGUAUUACAGAUAGUGAGUAUUAGACAAUCAAAAUUUAGAAUCCAAUCAGAAGUGUAGUGUCUAACAAUGUGAAUUUACAGAUGGGUGUUUAUAUUCUUGAUCAUAUUGUAGUAAUUGUUCUCGCUGCAUUUGAAAUUGUUUUCGCAUAGAAAUGCCCCAAUGAAUCUGAACAGGAAGAGAACACAUGCACAACCUGUUCGUGCAAUACCCGCUGUGUCCCCAAGACCCGUUGUGCAUAGGUUCAAGCACUUUGACAAUGUAGAGUUUGAAGAUUGCAUGGUCAAUAGAGCGUUUAGUGUUAUUGUAAUGGUAGAUGCCAAGUUCCAUUCAGAGGCUCAUGGUGAUAGGCAAUGAUUCAUUUUGAUGAAUGCUACUGGCUCGAAAAUGGAAGCAGUUGUAAGCGGUGAGCUGGCUACAAGGUUUCAAAAUAUUUUGAUUGUAGGACGGAACUACACCAUAUAUGGUGUAUAUUUCCAGCCUAAUUAUUGGAAAUUAAAUUUUCGAGCUAUAAAAAGACAAUAUGAAUGCUUCUUCACUAGAAAUACUAUAGUUGAGUCCUAUAACCAACCGCUGCAAUUUCCUAUCUACCCUAAACAACUCACGGAAUUUGGUGAGUUGUCAGCAUAUUACAAUAAGAUGUUUGUGGACAUUGCUGGUGUUAUUGUGUAUCUAGGUCCACUUCAAUGCGUUUCUAAUCGCCUCUACAAAGAGGUCACCCUCGUGGACACGAGGUGUCAGCUUGUGGUUAUUGGAGUUUACGCUAACCAUCUGACCACUCACGUGCUGCAAUGGGCUUCAACAUUUGCUAAUAAUCACGUUGUUGUGGGAACUAUGCUGCAAUUGGACCGCACGUAUUGGUGCUUGGAGUCUUCGGAUCAUAGCCAAUUUCAUUUCAAUCCAAGUUUUCAUGCUCUGAAUGAAUUACAUAACUUUCGGUGGUUUGUGGUCAACGGAGAAGUCAACCUCAGUUUUGUCGACCGAUAUCAUGUAACAAGAUGGGUUCACAUUGCCGAAGUUCUGGAUUCAAAGUCUUCGUUCAACAAAAAUAUUAAGCAUGCUUAGUUUUAAGACAAUUUUGAAUGCUUUGUGCUUUGUGUGCCUAUAAGUGCACUGGAAUGUAAUAAUGCUUUAUUUAACGCUGAAAAACCAUAACUAUGUGAUUUAUUUAACACUUCAAUUUAAUGUUUAAGGCAGUUUGGGUUCA